GGCCCGUUUUACCGACGGAUUUUGGCGACGGACCAAAAAUCCGUCGGUAAAUAGUGUUUUAGCGACAGACUUGGCGACGGCCCAAGUCCGUCGCAAAAGCACGACAAUUUGGCGACGGAUUAAUGCUAAUCCGUCGCUAAAUUUCGCGGGUACUUGGCGCCAAGUGUGGCGCCAAAAAUCUGCUAAAUUUUAGCGACGGAUUUGCAUUAAUCCGUCGCCAAAGUGAAUUAUCUGAAUGAAACACAGCGUUUCAUUCAGGGAGGUUUAGCGACGGAUUACUAAAUCCGUCGCUAAACGGUCCAAAUGAAACGCAGCGUUACAUUCAGGUCCACAUUAGCGACGGAUUUUGAAAAUCCGUCGCUAAGACGGCCCAAAUGAAACGCUGCGUUUCAUUUAGGGUUCAAUUUAGCGACGGAUUCAUCAAUCCGUCGCUAAAUUGCACCCUAAAUGAACCGAGCGUUUCUUCUUCCCCCCACUUUCUUUUUUCUCUGUUUUUUGAACUCCUUUCGCCGUUCCCCAUUUUCUCUCCAUCUCCGCCUUUCGCCGCCGUUCACCCCUUUCCUUUCAUCUCCGGCGCCGUUUACCCUCUUUCCUUUCAUCUCCGCCGUUCACCCGCCGGUUCCUUCCAUCUCCAACUUCCGCCGUUUUCUUCUCCGCUGCCGUCCGCCCAUUCCUCCUCCGCUGCCGCCGUAUCAUUUGUCUCUGCUGCUGCCGUUCAUUCCUGCCUCCGGUCACCAGAGAAAGUUGCUGCCUCCGACCUCGAUCGCCCGCCCUCGAUCCUCCGUUGCUCCGGUUUGCUGUUAUCGUCCGCUGCCCUAUCAAAAAACGUUUGUGUUUCUCCGACGGUUGUUGAUUUUCGUUGUUGUCAGUUUGCACCGCUCCCGCCUUUUUCCUUCUUUUUUAUCUUGCGGUUCUUCUCUACAACAAAAAUGAAUUCAGAUCGCAGUUGGAUGUAUAGUGGGAGACUGGUCAGAGGAUUGUUGACUGAAGGGUACAUCAGUAACGUUAGGGAGUUUUUGAACUUUGCUGUGCAACACCCCGAGUGUAUGAGCGGGGCUCAGAUAAAAUGCCCUUGCCCUAAACCCAAAUGCCGGAACACUGCUUUUCGAACUGUUGACGAAGUUGAGUUUCAUCUCUACACAGACGGGUUUGUGAGUAAUUACCACGUCUGGACUCACCAUGGUGAGGAAAAUAGGAGGGUCGAGGUGCCUGUUAAUGUUCUGCAAGCGGACAACAUGUGGGAGCAUAGAAAUGAAGACGAGGGUUGCAGUUCAUUCCAGAGAAUGGUUACUGAUGCGGGUGGUCCCGAAGUAUGGACAGAAGAGCCUCCGAAUGCAGAAGCUCAGAAGUUUUAUGAUAUGAUGCGUGCGGCCGAAGAACCCAUAUGGCCUGGGAAUGACAGACACUCCGCUUUGUCUGAGCAUCUUCUUUAA